CGCCCCCGCCGUCCCAGGCCCCGGCGCCGCGCCAUUGGCUGGCAGUCCCUAGGGGCGGGGCCUCCGCGGGCCCGCCCUCGGCCACGCCCCCUCCGUAGCCCAGCUCGGGCAGACGGAGCCCGGCCGCAGGCGGAGAGCAGCGGGUCGACAGGUCAGCCAUGUCAUCUGAGCCUCCUGCGCCACCACAGCCCCCCACCCACCAGGCUUCGGUCGGGCUGCUGGACACCCAACGGGGCCGCAACCGCUCACCAUCCCCGCUCCGGAGCAACGUGGUGCCCAGCCCGCUGCCCACCCGCCGCACCAGGACCUUCUCCGCACCUCAACCUACUCAGCUGCAAAAUGGGGACACGAGCAGGGCUGCCACGGGGCAGCUGAGGAUGCACACGGUGCCUGGCAGAUGCAGACCUCAGGCCCAGACGGUGAGGGCCUCGCAGGGCCCCAUCUAUAAAGGCGUGUGCAAAUGCUUCUGUCGCUCCAAGGGCCACGGCUUCAUCACCCCGGCUGACGGCGGCCCCGACAUCUUCCUGCACAUCUCCGACGUGGAAGGGGAGUACGUGCCGGUGGAAGGCGACGAGGUCACCUACAAGAUGUGCUCCAUCCCGCCCAAGCACGAGAAGCUGCAGGCCGUGGAGGUGGUCAUCACCCACCUGGCGCCGGGCACCAAGCACGAGACCUGGUCCGGCCACGUCGUCAGCUCCUAGGAGAGGCCGGGGGCACCCCUUCUCUGGGGCUUGUGGGAGACUGCGGAGAGGAGGCAGGACCGGACUGGAGAUGACAUUCCACUGCCCUGGAUGCGGCUUCCGAGCAGGGAGCCUGGUCCCUUUCAAGAAUCUCCCGGUGGAAGGGGGUCGGGGGCAGGCACGGGGUGUCUGGGCCACCAGCACAGCCUCUGACCAUCACAACAACCGCACCAUCUGAAAAGUAUUAAAAGCAUUGAACAAGGA